CCGGCCCGCGCCGCCGCCUGUUCCGCCGGAGGCCUCGCGCAACUGGCUUGAAUCCGUCUGUAAGACAGAGGAUGAGAUGGCUGGAUGGCAUCACCGACUCGAUGGACAUGAGUUUGAGUAAACUCCGGGAGUUGGUGAUGGACAAGGAGGCCUGGCGUGCUGCGAUUCAUGGGGUCGCAAAGAGUCAGACACGACUGAGUGACUGAACUGUAAAACUCAGCUCUGGAGAUUGAAAGACACACCUCCGUCUCGUGGUUGGUGCCUCUCAGCUCUGAGAGGACUGGACUACCCAAGCUUGAGCUGCCAUCAUAAGAAUAAUCCCCACUGAACAAACCAUCUGUUUUCCCCAACUCUGUUUUAUGUAAGGCUUUUGAGAUUUUUUCCCUCCAAAAUUGUAUCCAAAAGGUGAAAAAGGUGAAAAAAAUAUGCACUCAGCAAGUUUGAGGACCCUCCUAUGUGCCCUGCUCUGUACUAGCUCUGGGAAUGUGCAGAUAGAUGUCCUGCCUUAAGACUUCUGGUCAGUGACUAUUACCAUAGAAGAGAACAUUAGGGCACUUAAAAAUAUAAAGAUUUUGUCUGUGUUUGCUGGCUGUAGAAUGGGUAUCAAUAUUGAUUUUCUUGUGGAGUUUAAUCCUUCUAAUUGUUUAGAUUAGUGGCUGUGUUUCAUCUGUGGGCAGUUAGUAAAAUACGAACCUUGAAUCUUUUCUUUUGAUUUAAUAUUUUUAUACUUUAAUGCUAUGCUGCUGCCAAGUCACUUGAGUUGUAUCCGACCCUUUGUGUUCCCAUGAAGUGUAGCCCACCAUGCUCCUCUGUCCACGGGAUUCUCCAGGUGAGAAUACUGGAAUGGGUUGCCAUGUCCCCCUCCAAGGGAUCUUCACAAACCCAGGGAUCGAACCUGUGUUGGCAGGUUUGCAUUUCCUCACUGCCUUGACUUGAAGACAGCGAUGCCAAAGAAAGCAAGGCCUGCAGGGGAUGGGGAGGAAGAAGGGCCUGUUCCUAAGCAGGCGAAGGUGGAGGCGGCCUGUGGCCCUUCUUCCCCUUUGGACUUCGACAGCCCCAGUGGCCUCUUUGAAAGUUUCAUCGCGCCCAUCAAGACAGAGACGUUUUUCAAGGAAUUCUGGGAGCAGAAACCCCUCCUCAUCCAGAGAGACGACCCUGCGUUUGCCACGUACUACCAGUCCCUGUUCAGGCUCUCUGAUCUGAAGAGUCUGUGCAGCCGGGGGAUGUACUACGGGAGAGACGUGAACGUCUGCCGCUGUGUCCACGGGAAGAAGAAGGUUUUAAAUAAAGAUGGCAGAGUGCACUUUCUCCAGCUGAGAAAAGAUUUUGAUCAGAAAAGGGCCACAAUUCAGUUUCACCAACCUCAGAGAUUUAAGGACGAGCUCUGGAGGAUCCAGGAGAAGUUGGAGUGCUUCUUCGGCUCCUUGGUUGGCUCCAAUGUGUACAUCACCCCGGCGGGAGCCCAGGGCCUGCCGCCCCACUACGAUGACGUCGAGGUGUUCAUUCUGCAGCUGGAGGGAGAGAAGCGCUGGCGUCUGUACCAGCCGACGGUGCCUCUGGCGCGGGAGUACAGCCUGGAGGCCGAGGACAGGAUCGGGAGGCCCACACAUGCGUUCACACUCAAGCCGGGAGACUUGCUAUACUUUCCCAGAGGGACCAUCCAUCAGGCGGCCACUCCCGACGGGCUGGCCCACUCCACGCACGUGACCGUCAGCACCUACCAGAGCAGUUCUUGGGGAGAUUUCCUUUUGGACACCAUCUCGGGGCUCGUGUUUGACACUGCCAAGGCAGACGUGGCACUCCGGGCUGGCAUCCCCCGGCAGCUGCUCCUGCAGGUGGAAACCACAGCUGUUGCAACAAGAAGAUUAAGUGGCUUUCUGAGGAUGCUUGCAGACCGGCUGGAGGGCACCAAAGAACUGCCUUCAGCAGACAUGAAGAAGGAUUUUGCCGUGAACAGACUCCCACCUUACUGUACGGGGGACAGAGCAGAGCUUGUGACACCAGGUGGACAGUUCCCGGGGUUGGACAGCACAGUGAGGCUGCAGUUUAGAGACCACGUGGUCCUCACCGUAGGACCCGAUCAGGACCCAUCCGAUGAAACUCGAGAGAAGAUGGUUUAUGUCUAUCAUUCCUUAAAGAACAGGAGAGAGACACACAUGAUAGGAAAUGAGGAAACAGAGCCUCAUGGACUUCGCUUUCCUCUAUCACAUAUGGAUGCACUAAAGCAACUUUGGAACAGUCCAGCUAUUUCUGUCAAGGACCUGAAGCUGACUACAGAUGAGGAAAAGCAAAACCUGGUAUUAUCCCUCUGGACAGAAUGUUUAAUCCAAGUAGUCUAGUGCCUUUGCUGCUUUAAUAGUGAUAUGUAUGUGUAAAACACUAGACACUUGAUUCUGCAGAGAUUUGUGUGCUGGGGACUCCUGUCGCUUUGAGCCAAGGACACGAUGAAUGUAACUUUCCUUACCUGUGUGGUUAAUAAAAUGAGAUCUACCUCUUACAGGUGGAUCAGUUGGCCAUAUGUGCUAACAGAUGUACAUAGAAGAAGAGAAAAUUACUCAAUGUCCCAGAAAGUGACAAAAGCCAUAUUUCGACAAAUUUAUUUAAUCCAGUGUGGUAGAAAAGGCACAGCUCCAAUAAAGGUAUCAUUUAAAUUUAA